AUGACUCAAUUUCUGCCGCCCAAUUUGCUAGCGCUUUUCGCGCCGAGGGACCCAGUCCCUUACCUGCCACCGGUCGCCAAACUUCCGCACGAGAAGAAGACCCGUGGGUAUUUGGGCGUUGGGAGUUUUAUGGAUUUGUUCGAAGACCCUGAAGACACGCCUCCUCCAACAAAAAUAGAAACCCGAGAAGAACGAUUAGAGCGUCGUCGACGCGAGAAGGCCGAACAAGUGGCAUACAAGUUAGAACAAGAAAUCGCUCUAUGGGAACCACAUUCAGUUGCGAACGCUACAACAGAUCCAUUUAAAACACUAUUUGUUGCCAGAAUUAAUUAUGAUACAUCCGAAUCAAAAUUACGAAGAGAAUUUGAACUUUAUGGUCCUAUAAAAAAGAUUGUUGUCACACAUAAUAAGAUUGAUGGUAAACCGAGAGGGUAUGCUUUCAUUGAGUACGAAUAUGAACGUGAUAUGCAUUCUGCAUAUAAACAUGCUGAUGGAAAAAAGAUUGAUGGACGCAGAGUGUUGGUGGAUGUUGAGAGAGCACGGACAGUCAAAGGAUGGCUUCCUAGAAGAUUGGGAGGUGGAUUAGGGGGUACAAGACGAGGUGGACCAGAAGUGAAUUUGAAACAUUCAGGUAGGGAAGAUAACGAACGGGAAAGAGAAAGGUAUGCUCGUGAAAUGGCUGGUAGUCGUUCCGGACGUAGUGUUACCACGGAAAGAGAUCGAGAACGUGAUUAUCGUGACCGAGAUAGGGAUCGUGAACGUGAACCAAGACGUCCUCGUAGUAGAGAUCGUGAAAGAAAACGUCAUCGUUCUAAGUCACGUUCCCGCGAGCGCAAGAGACGUCGUAGCAGAGACCGCGGUGCUAGGGAUGUAGAGUAUGAUGAAGUUGAAGAGGUUCCCGUUACCAAAUCUAGAGAUAAAGAUCAUGAGCGUUUAAGAAAAAGAAAGCGCAGUCGUUCUAGGGACCGUGAACGUAAGAAGGAUCGCAAAGAAAGGGAUCAUCAUCGCCGAGACAAGAGUAAAGAUCGCCGUGAUAAACACGAUAAAGACAAUUCUGAACGUGAUGACAAAAUUCAUAUUAAGCAAGAACCUGUUGAUGAAUAUGACAAUAAUUAUGACAAUUACAAUAACGAGUAUGAUGGUUAUAACAGUCCUCAUGAUGAUUAUGAUCCAGAUAUGGUUAAAAAAGAGGAACCCGAUGAAGAAAAUGCAAAUGGUAGCCGUUACAGUAAUAAUGUAAUAUGA